AUAUGUUUGCGAUGCACUUGGUGAAUUGAAUUAUGUCUACUACAGUGUUGUAAAUAACAGCAUGUUACGGUUUAACGUUUAGUAGUUAAUAAAACAUAUAUACAUCCAGAGCAGAGAAUGUAAAUUAUAAUAUAUGAAAUUGUAAAUUAUAGUUUACAUUCCCUGGUACAUCUAUGAAAUAAAUGAAUAUUAUAAAAAAAAAAACAGUAAAACAGCAACACUGUUAUGACAUUUCAAACAGAAAUAUGUAUGUGCGUAUUUACAUAUGUAAAGUGACAUAUCAAUCAGAAGCGAUUGUUUCUUCUCGGUAAUUUCUUUUUGUUUUGUUGUAAUUUUAUAUUCGGUUUUGUUUUUUAAUUAUACGUGUUGCUAUUUGCGUUUCAUCGAGAUCCAAUUUUAAAAUAAAUCGCAUAAGCUUUUAAUUAAUUAAUAAUAAAAUGGAUAAAUUGCGUAGAGUGCUGAACGGAAAUGAUUCCACCCCGGAGGAGGAGAGUAGCAUAAUCACACAGAUUAAUGAGAUGUCAACGCUUAGCUGGUCGACACGCAUCAAAGGCUUUUGCAUUUGCUUCGUACUUGGCAUCUUACUGUCGUUUCUCGGCUCGCUGGCCCUCUUUUUACACAGAGGCAUUGUUGUGUUUGCGGUCUUUUAUACGCUUGGUAAUAUAAUAUCAAUGGCUAGUACAUGCUUUCUUAUGGGUCCUGUUAAUCAAAUAAAAAAAAUGUUCUCAUCCACACGUUUAAUAGCCACUUGCAUAGUACUUGUAUCCAUUGUUAUGACCUUUAUAGCUGCUGUUGUGCUUCAUAAAGCCGGACUGACUUUAAUUUUUAUCAUCAUUCAAUCAUUAGCUAUGACCUGGUAUUCCCUCUCCUACAUACCAUAUGCGCGUGAUGCCGUAAAGAAAACCGUCUCUGCUUGCCUUGAUGUGUAAGCAACAAGUUAUUAAAUUGUAUUUUGGUGCAAAGACAGCAAGUACUCGUAUAAAGCUAUCUACAUUAAUAUAAUUUGCUAGUACACAGAAAGUUCUUCAUUAUUUAAAAAUUAAUUUACUCUGGAAGUAAAAUUCAAUUUAAUUGCUAGAAAUGUAUACCUUUAGCUAAUCAGCAUUUACACCUCAUAUAUGGUUUACAUUUUUUAUUAUGUUGUAAAUCGUUAAAAGCACAUUUGUUAUACAUACAUAUAUAGCGGUAAUUUAUUUUUCGAAAUUUUAAUGUUCUAGAACGAACAAGCGUAGAAGAACCUAUUCUCUGAGAAACAGUAUUUACUUGCUGUGUUGACUUUGCUUGUUAUCAUUAUUUGCUAUUUUACAGCAAGCUUUUCAGUUCAGUUUAGCAUUGCCUACAAAACUUAAAUGUUAAAAUCUAAUUGAAUAUCAAUAAGUUGCUAAAAAUGUAACAGGUUUGGCUAUCAUGUAUGUAUGUGGCAUAUGCUGCAACCCAAAGCCAUGCCAUAAAUGGCAUGUAACUUAAUUAUUUGUUAUGCAGAAAAUGAAAAUUUGAAGCAUUUUCAUUAACUUGUCUUAUAAAUUAUAUCAACUCAUUAAAAUAUAUAUACGAUUCAUUAUGACAAUUGGCAUAAUUUUAAGCUAAACUAAACUUUAUAAAACCUACACUGAUAUUUACAAAAUGCUUUAUUCAUAUGUAUUUAUGUAUAUUUUUGAUAAAUCUAAUUGUAUUAAUAAUAAUAAUAAAAACUUAAAACUAAAACC